GCUAUAUAACGCCUCUGUAUAUCUCAUACGAAUGUUUUGGCGGCACUGAAAUCGCUGCUUUCAACACUAAGUAACCCACUCUUUCACUCAACUUAUUUCACUCCAUCUUUUUUCAGUCCUACAAAUACCCCCCAUGUCUCGUUUUGCUCUUUGAUUCCCAUUUUAAGUUCAACCAUGGUGGAUUCUGCUAGUUCUUCUUCUGAUUCUUCUCUUCUGUGUUUUGAAGAUGGAGAACCCUGUGCCAGUCAACAAACACAGCAUUUUGAUAUGACUGAUCUCUUCAACUCAUGCUUUGUUUUGGGAGAUGAUGAUGAAGGGUUUAUACAACAGUUGAUUAAAAAAGAGACUACUUUUGGAUCCAAAAAUGGUGUCUUUUCUGGUGAUGACUCAUCCAAGGACCAAGCUUGGCUCAAAAGUGCUCGCUUGGAUGCCAUUCGAUGGAUGUUUAAUAGAAGAGCAAGGUUUGGGUUCCAGUUCCACACAGCUUAUCUUUCUGUGUAUUACUUCGAUCGAUUUCUUUCAAAACGAUCCAUUGAUGUAGGGAAGCUAUGGGCUGUAAGAUUAUCAUCUGUGGCUUGUCUAUCUCUGGCUGCAAAAAUGGAGGAAUGCGAAGUACCAUCCUUAUCAGAAUAUUCCGUGGAAGAUUUCCAUUUUGAAGAUAAGGUGAUACAGAAAAUGGAGCUUUUAGUAUUGAGCACAUUGGAGUGGGAAAUGGGGGCAAUUACCCCUUUUCGAUUCCUUGGUUAUUUCAUUGGCAAAUUUUGUGAUGACAAAAGACCAAAAGAAUUAGUCUGCAAGGCCGUUGAACUUAUUGUCACUAUAACAAAAGAGAUUAAUUUGAUGGAUCAUCGACCAUCCAUGAUCGCUGCUGCUGCAGUUUUAGCUGCAUCUGAUGCUAAUAUGACCAGACAAGCAGUGGAGCUGAAGAUGAAUGUUGUCCCUUGCUGGGAUUCUCUGGAAAUUGAGCAUAUACAUUCUUGCUACAAUAUAAUGCAUGAGUUAGAGAUGGGAAAGUUAAAAACACCAAGACGGGAUUCGUCAGCACCAGGCUCGAUUGGUAUUUUUGAGGUCUCUUCAUUCACCUUUGGAGCUGGCACAAAAAGAAGACUUGCAUACACUAAUCAAGCUCAGAAUUCCCCAUCCAAGAAAAAUACUAGGCCAUAAUUAGUGGAGUUUGAUAUUUUGGUUUAUUGAUUUGGACUGUAGGAUCUCUUUCUCACUGGAAAUUGAUUCCUGCUAUUAGAUUUUAUUUUAGGUCUAAAUCUAAUGGGUGUUAUCUGCCAUAUAUGGUAUAUGAUUUGGGGUUGAUAAUUUGGAUUUCAUUUUCCAAUACUGCUAGUGACAACCAAGAAAAGGGAAAGUAAAUAAAUAAAUGGCAACUUUAGCCUACAGUGACAACUAGGAAGUAAGGAGGUACAAAAUCCAUCAAAGAAGAAGAGCAGCCAAGAGUCCAAGAAGGCCAUUAAAAACUGUUUGUCAAUAGGAAUACUUUAUAGAGUUUUGCUUUGAUGAAUGCUACUGUAUUAUCCACUUUUUUCUUUUUCAGUUGCAACCCUACAUUUUGAUGGGGGCUUGGGAUGCUUCCCAUGUCUUUCAAAAGGGUGAAAGCCAUGAGGAAUGAAGAAUUGUUUUUGU